AGAAUGAAUCAAUCUCGCGACAACACUAGUGAUUUUUUCUCAUUUUUCCUACAGACACCUAAAGGAAAAUAAUUAAGUAUAUUGAACCCCCCCUCUCUGCGAGUUUGGUCUCGGCUCCGCUCUCCCUGCGACAGUUCCAGAAGCCGCCGGUACUCCCGCACCGCGAGGCCGUUUCACGCAGCGUGGUGUGCGCGUCCUGCUCUCGGCUUUUUUGUGCAGAAAGGAAACUAAGCGCUCCAUCGGCCUCCAGCAUGUCUACCCUGGGGACCCUCGCCUUCGACGAGUAUGGCCGGCCUUUCAUCAUCAUCAAGGACCAGGACAAGAAGUCUCGCAUGUCGGGCCUGGACGCGCUGAAGUCGCACAUCAUGGCCGCCAAGGCCGUGGCCAACACGCUGAAGACGUCCCUGGGGCCCAACGGGCUCGACAAGAUGAUGGUGGACAAGGAUGGCGAGGUGACGGUCACCAACGACGGGGCGACCAUCCUGAGCCUGAUGGACGUGGACCACCAGAUCGCCAAGCUCAUGGUCGAGCUGUCCAAGUCCCAGGACGACGAGAUCGGCGACGGGACCACGGGGGUAGUGGUGCUGGCCGGCGCCCUGCUGGAACAGGCCGAGCAGCUGCUGGACCGCGGCAUCCACCCCAUCCGGAUAGCGGACGGCUACGACCAGGCGGCCCGCGUCGCCAUCGAGCAGCUCGACCGCAUCGGCGACAGCUUCCCCGUGGACCCCGGUAACACGGAGCCGCUGGUCCAGACGGCCAUGACCACGCUGGGCUCGAAAGUCAUCAACCGGUGCCACAGGCAGAUGGCGGAGAUCGCCGUCAAUGCCAUCUUGACAGUUGCAGACAUGGACAGGAAGGACGUUGACUUUGAGCUCAUCAAGGUGGAGGGCAAGGUUGGUGGGAAACUGGAGGACACGCAGCUAAUCAAGGGCGUGAUUGUGGACAAAGAGUUCAGCCACCCUCAGAUGCCCAAGGUUCUAAAAGAUGCAAAAAUCGCUAUCCUUACCUGUCCCUUUGAGCCACCCAAACCUAAAACUAAGCAUAAGCUUGAUGUGACCUCUGUUGAAGAUUACAAAGCCCUGCAGAAGUAUGAAAAAGAGAAGUUUGAAGAAAUGAUACACCAGGUUAAAGACAAUGGAGCUAACCUUGCCAUUUGUCAGUGGGGAUUCGAUGAUGAAGCCAAUCACCUGCUGCUUCAGAAUCAGUUACCUGCUAUCCGUUGGGUUGGUGGCCCCGAAAUUGAGCUAAUCGCUAUCGCAACUGGGGGACGCAUUGUUCCCAGAUUCUGUGAGCUCACGCCGGAGAAGCUUGGCUCAGCGGGAAUUGUGAGAGAGCUCUCUUUCGGCACAACGAAAGACAGAAUGCUGGUUAUAGAGGAGUGCAAGAACUCCAGGGCUGUGACCAUCUUCAUCCGAGGAGGAAACAAAAUGAUUAUCGAAGAAGCCAAGCGCGCCCUCCACGAUGCUGUGUGUGUGAUCCGCAAUCUGGUCAAGGACAACCGCAUUGUGUACGGUGGCGGGGCUUCCGAGAUCGCCUGCGCUUUAGCUGUUAAUGAGGCAGCUGACAAGUGUCCCUCUUUAGAGCAGUAUGCAAUGAGAGCCUUUGCCGAUGCCUUAGAAGUCAUUCCCAUGGCACUGGCAGAGAACAGCGGUCUGAAUCCCAUCCAGACGAUGACCGAGGUUCGAGCCAGACAAGUGAAAGAAAACAACCCUGCCCUUGGAAUUGACUGUCUCAACCAGGGCACCAAUGAUAUGAAGCAGCAGCAUGUGAUUGAAACUCUCAUUGGGAAGAAGCAGCAGAUUUCUCUGGCUACCCAGGUGGUGAAGAUGAUUCUGAAGAUUGAUGAUAUUCGAAGCCCAGGGGAGUCGGAAGACUGAUAUCAACCCAGUAGUGAUGUGUGCGGUCUACAGGGGCUUUGAAGUCUUAAAGCGCUUUAUAGAAAAAUGUCCGCACAUUUUAGUACAGUUAUUUAUUCAUAUGUUGUCCCUCUGAUAAACUGUAAUUGUACUGACUUCAUAAAUAAAAUGGCCUGUUGAGAGAUUUGA